AUGUCAAAGUCUAACACCAAAGUGAGAAGACUGGGUGCUAUCAGGCAGUCUUUAAAGACUCCAGUAAAGGAUGACAUUCCUAAAUUACCUGCCUUCCAUUCAACAUCCGUGUCUGGAACAGGGGAUGGGAAGGCUAAUAUGGUAGGGAUCACAGGGAACGCAAUGGCUGUUCCGCCACAGAGAGAAAAAAAUGCUGCAAGAGAAAAAGAAACAAAAGCCAGUAGUGUCAGUGUCAAAUCUGAUUCAGGGAAAUCUGAUUCCGCAUCAAGUACAAAGUCACAGGAGCUUGCAGAUAAAAAGGAAAUUCAAGACUUAAAGGCGAGGGAGCGAGACCUCCUGAAACAAAUCACCUCUCUACAGAAACAAGUGGAGGAUCUACAGGAACAAAUACGCAACAAGGAAGUGGAAGUGGUCACAUUACAGGACCAGAUACUGAGACAGGAGGAAUCCCACAAGGCAGCACUAAUGGAGGAGAGGAAAGCACAUGAUAUCACACGCUCAGAGAGGGACCGGCUACUCAAGGAACUGGAAGAUCUCAGAGCAGAGGUCAAGACCAUACGUGAAGAAAACAGUAAAAAGAUGGAGGAAUUGAAGAAAGAGCUGGAAGAAAAACACUCUUUAGAAAUUGCUGAGAAAGACAAAGAAAUAAAAAUACGAGAUGACAAACUAAGUCGAUUGAAAAUGCAGAUGGCAGAGGCAUUGAAAGGCAAUUCUUGGGAACGACAACAACAGUUGGAAGAGCUGACGAAAGAGCUUGGUCGUCUUCAGGAAGAAGCUGACAGCCUGAGGAUGAAACUUAAGGCAUUCAAGUCAUUGAAGAAUAACCAGGCAGGCCAGUGUGGAAAUUGUCAAGAAUCUCUCAGCAAGGCUGAAAAAUAUCAAGUGGCAGUAAAGGAACGGGACGCAACCAUCAAAGAUCUCAAGUCUUUGGUGACAAAAUUUGAAAAGCAACUGACGCAACAGGAUGAACUAUUGAAAUCAUGGGCAGAGUCCAAAGGCCACAAAAUACCAGGGUACCCUGGCAAAUAG